AUGGAAGUAGCGCAGGUCCACGCUGAAAAUGCAAUACGUAAAAAGAAUGAAGCACUAAAUUAUUUAAGGAUGUCGGCACGAAUCGAUGCAGUAGCAGCACGUGUACAAACAGCCGCAACGCAAAAACGUGUAACGCAAAGUAUGUCUGGUGUUGUGAAAGCGAUGGAAUCCGCUUUACGUUCAAUGAAUUUGGAGAAAGUGCAGAAUUUAAUGGAUCGAUUCGAGAAAGAUUUCGAAAAUUUGGACGUACAAUCUGCCACAAUGGAAGGGUCAAUGACAGCCACAACAACGUUAAACGCACCUCAAGCACAAGUUAAUGCCUUAAUCCAAGAAGCGGCAGACAAGGCGGGUUUGGAAUUGAACAUGGAAAUGCCAUCAACAGCAUCAAUUGGUGGUAAAGUUUCAACAUCAACAACGGAAAACGAUGAGCUAACACAACGUUUGGCAGCACUGCGACAAAAUUGA